UUAUUUCAUUAUUUAAUAUUAUAUACCUAAUGAUGUCAUAAAUAUAAAAAUAUUUUUUUAUGUAUAGUUAUAUACAUAUAAAUACGUGUAAACUAACCUCAAAAUGAGUUACAACAAAAAAGUAUCAUACUUUUAUAAUCCAGACGUCGGAAAUUUUCAUUAUGGUCCUGGACAUCCUAUGAAACCCCAUAGGCUUGCUGUAAUACAUAGUUUAGUACUUAAUUAUGGUCUCCAUAAAAAAAUGCAAAUCUAUCGUCCAUAUCGUGCUAGUACUCAUGACAUGUGUCGCUUUCAUUCAGACGAAUAUGUUGAAUUUCUACAAAGAGUGACUCCACAAAACUUACAAGGAUAUACCAAAUAUUUAAGUCACUUUAAUGUAGGUGAUGAUUGCCCUGUUUUUGAAGGACUGUUUGAUUUUUGUUCUAUGUACACAGGCGCUUCUUUAGAAGGUGCUACAAAACUAAACAAUAAUUGCUGUGAUAUUGCUAUUAAUUGGAGUGGAGGGUUACAUCACGCAAAAAAAUUUGAAGCUUCUGGUUUUUGUUAUAUUAAUGAUAUUGUCAUAGCAAUUUUGGAAUUAUUAAAAUAUCAUGCUAGAGUACUUUAUAUAGAUAUAGAUGUUCAUCAUGGAGAUGGAGUGCAAGAAGCAUUUUAUCUUACAGAUAGAGUAAUGACAGUAUCUUUUCAUAAAUAUGGAAAUUACUUUUUUCCUGGUACUGGAGAUAUGUAUGAAAUUGGAGCAGAAAGUGGGAGGUAUUACUCUGUUAAUGUACCUUUGAAAGAGGGUAUAGAUGAUACAUCUUAUGUUCAAGUAUUCAAACCAGUCAUAUCUCAUGUAAUGGAAUUUUUCCAACCGACAGCGAUAGUUUUACAAUGUGGUGCAGAUUCGCUUGCAAAUGAUCGUCUUGGUUGCUUUAGUUUAAGUACAAAAGGACAUGGAGAAUGUGUAAAAUUUGUUAGAGACUUGAAUAUACCAUUGCUCACUGUUGGAGGAGGAGGAUAUACAUUACGUAAUGUUGCACGUUGUUGGACUUACGAAACUUCUUUGCUUGUUGACGAACAGAUUAGUAAUGAGUUACCAUAUACAGAAUAUUUAGAAUAUUUUGCACCAGAUUUUACAUUGCACCCUGAUGUUGUAACAAGACAAGAUAAUGCAAAUAGUAAACAAUAUUUAGAAGCUAUUACAAGACAUGUGUACGAUAAUUUGAAAAUGAUUCAACACUCUCCAAGUGUUCAAAUGCAAGAUGUUCCAUGCGAUGCAUUGCCUCCUGAAGAAGAAAGACAACCAGAACCUGAUCUAGAUUCUAGACAAAAUGUACAAGACACCGAUAAAAUAAUUGAACCAGCAAAUGAAUACUAUUCUGGAGAAAAAGAUCAAGACAAAAUGGAUGUAAGCGAAACAUGAUAAAAGAAUCAACAAAUUAAAUAUUAUAAAAUAGAAAUAAUAUUAUAUUAGAAAACCAUCAUAUGUGCACUUGUAAUGUAGAAC